AUGAAGUUUUUAACCUGGGCCAGUUUGGCCUCCCUCGCCGUUGCUACCAAGACGGCACCCAGCUCUCUUGACAUCAACAACCCCAAAUCCAUCAAGGAUGUUUCUGGGACUCUCGCCUUUGACUCCAUGUCCUACUACAGCGGCAACACAUCCUCAGUCCCCAAGGAUCUCGGUGAUCUCCAGGAUCCUUACUACUGGUGGGUAGCUGGUGCCCUCUGGGGCGUCAUGCUCGAUUACUACCACCUCACGGGAGACUACACCUACAACAACGAGAUCAUCAAGGCCCUUCUCAACCCCACGAACCUCGGUGCUGGUCACAACUACAUGCCUGCUGAGCAUGCCGACGAGGAGGGCAACGACGAUCUCUUCUUCUGGGGCUCAGCUGUUCUCACCGCCGCUGAGCGAAACUUCCCUCAGCCCAACAAGAACCUCCCAUCGUGGCUCGACAUCGGCAUCAACGUCUUCAACCAGCUUGUCAGUCGCUGGGACACAAAGGCUUGUGGUGGUGGUCUCUACUGGCAGAUCUUGGAAUCCAAUUUCCAUGGCAUGACUUACAAGAACUCGGUCAGCAACGGCGGUUUCUUCCAGCUCGCCGCCCGUCUCGCCCGCAUCACGGGUGAGCAGAAGUAUCUCGACUGGGCCAACAAGAUCUGGGACUGGUCGUGGCAAGUCAAGUUCGUCAACAACGAGAGCUAUCGUGUCUACGACGGCGCCUCUGUGACGGAUCAGUGUCAAAAGGUCACACCGCACGCUUUCAGCUACACCCAGGGCAUCUACCUUUACGGUGCUGCCGUUCUUGCGAACCACACCCAGAAGCCAGAGUGGGUUGACCGUUCCCAGAAGCUUCUCGCCGGCACAGACUUGUACUUCACCCAGAUGAGCAACUCCACCAACGUCAUGUACGAGUCCGCCUGCGAGACGGUCAUGACGUGCAAUGCGGACAUGUCCACCUUCAAGGGCUACCUGUCACGCUUCAUGUACCUUUCCAUCCAGAUGCAGCCCGCACUGAAGGACCAAGUCCACUCCCGCAUGAUCCCGACGGUCAAGGCCGCCGUCCAAACUUGUGUUGGUGGCAAGACUGGUCGUGAGUGUGGUCAACGCUGGUGGGUUCCCGGCUUCGAUGGAAACACUGGUCUCGGCCAGCAGAUGUGUGCCCUCGAAGCCGUCCAGGGCUUGCUCCUUAACGAAUCCCCUGCACCGCUCAAGGGCAAAGACGUCAAGGUCAUCCGCAGCACCGACUGGGCUGCCAUGGACAGAGACAAGGUCUCCAUCAAGAGCACACCAACAUCAUCCAGCCCCGGCCCAACAGGCACGCAAUCAACAGGAACUACUGACUCUCCAGCUCAGCCUUCCAAGAGCAAGGAUGCUGCCAGUCUUUCCCGGGCUGAUCUUGUCCUUACAUCGUUCAGUGUGGGAAGUGUCCUGUUGUUCCUGGGCUUGGUCUAG